UCCGUGUCUGCUUUGUUGCGCCACGCAAGUGCGCGCCGCAACUAGUAGCACACGCGCAUCGUGUGUCGCCUCCAGCGUCCUCGCAUGUCAGCGCGGGCGAGGCGACAGCAGCACCGCUGCACACGGCGAUGGGCUUUCGAGUGCUUUGUUGCAUUGCGCGCGGCGCGCCGCAUGGCGGCGUUCGAGGUGCGCUUUCGAGUGCCAGCGGCUCUCCUUCCGCGCGGGCCGGACGACCCGCCGCACCACGCUGCCACGCCGCGCAUCGCUGGCGGCGGGGGUGAGGGCUGCAGCAGCAGCAGGCCCAGCGACAGCCGGUGUGAGGGGCAGCCGUGCGCGGCGUCCCACGUGGACGUGCGCGUGGGCGUGGCCCCAGAGGAGCCCGUGGCGUGCGUGUUGGAGAGGCUGCUCCGCCGCCACCUGCCGCACUACCGCCUGCACGGAGAGGCGCCGCAGCAGCAGCGAGCGGGCGAUGGGGGGGCGGCGGAGGGAGAGGGCUUGGCGGAUGGGAGGCAGCAGGUGCGGUUCAUGGUGGCGGGGCGGGUCACCGCACUGCACCGUGGCGCGGGCGAAGCUUACAGCGGGUACAAUCGUGAACGUGCUCCCUGUGAGGGCAGUGCAGGGAGGAGUGGAGAAGCACCAGGCGGCAGCUGAACACGGGGGCCAACGCACCUGCUGCUGCACCCCCUGCAGCCGUGUCUCCCGCUGCUGCACCGCGUGCUCCUUGUGCCCGUGCCACCCCUAUUGCCGUGCGUCCUGCUGCUGCUGCUCGUGCAGUUGACUGCAGCAGGUGGGGCCAUGCUGGUUCCAGCAGCGACCAGGGAGGGGAGGAGCAGCAGCAGCAGGAAGAGGAAGAGGUGGAGAAGGAGGAGGAGGAGGGGGAGCAGGCGAAAGGCGUUGCAGGAGGGAGUGGUGGAGCGCGAGAGGGGGCCCAGGCGUCUGCUGCUGGCAGUGGCAACGCGCUUCCCUUUGCUGCACAGCCCAGUGCCAGCGCCAUGGACUGCGCCUUUCUCAGUGCGGGGCGGCACGGGCGGCGGGCGGCGUGGACGCUAGUCGCCAAUCUAGCGACAUGGGCAGCAUGGGUGGCAUGCGCAGCAUGGGCAUGGGCGGCAUGGGCGGCAUGGGCGGCAUGGGCAGCAUGGGCGGAGUGGGCGGCGUGGGCGGCAUGGGCGGCAUGGGCGGCAUGCGCAGCAUGGGCAUGGGCGGCAUGGGCGGCAUGGGCGGCAUGGGCAGCAUGGGCGGAGUGGGCGGCGUGGGCGGCAUGGGCGGCAUGGGCAGCAUGGGCGGCGUGGGCGGCAUUUGCCUGUGCUGAGAUCAUCAGCUGGAGCACAGGCGGGCGUGCAGGAGGUAUCGAGGCGGGCGUGCGGGCAGCAGGGGGGAGUGAGGGCAGCGCAGAGAGCGUUGAGGCGAUGCUGAGCCAGUGGGGGGUCAACGAGGGGCUGGCAGGGGCACAAGAGGCAGAGGGGCGGGCAAGGGAGGGAGAGGGCAGACGGGCGGUGAGGGGCGUGCGCUGCUGUGUCGGGCGGACAUGGUGCACUACGUGGACGUGAGCCAAGCCUGCGAGUUCGCCCUCUGCCCCUGCUGCUUCCACUGUGCCCUCUCCCCGCACGCCCAGGCUGCCCUUGCCCUGCCCUCGCUGCCGGCCUUCCGCGCCCACCUGCACGCGGAGCAGCCGCGCUGCCUCCCCGCCGCGCCGCCCAACGGCGUAUCCCAGGCCGUGCUGGAGUGGUCGGAGCAGAUGCCCGUGCCGCCACAGGGAGGGUGGGGGGAGGCGGCGGCUGCGGUGCAGUGGGCGUGGAAGAGUGAGCGUGCGCCGCACGUGUGUGCGGAGGCCAUGGUGGUGGAGUCGCUGGCAGAGCCCCCCGUGGGUGCGCUCACGGACCUGCCCGCCAUUCGAGCCCGCCUGCCUGCUGUCCUCGCCGCCACCCAUGCCCCCGCUGCUGCUGCUGCCUCUGGCGCCCCGUGGUUCUGCUGCUGGCGCUGCAGUGGGUGCUGGGCGGCGUACUGCCGUGCUCUCAACUUUGCGGCGUGCCUGGUGCUGGCGGGCGACAGCCCGCGCGUGGUGACGCUGUGGCGCACGCACCUCGACAUGGCCAAGGGCUCGCACGGCGUUGCGUACCCCGCCCUGCUGGCGGCGCUGCGGGUGCGCAGGCAGGCGCAGUGGGAGUGCCUGGUGUCCGUGGCGGUGCAGGUGCUGGGGGUGAAGGGGCGCGCCGAGCUGCAGGAGGGCUUUGCGUUCUUCAUGCAGGAGCUGCUGUCGGGCGGGCUGGACAAGGCG